ACGAUCUGGCAAGACUACCAGAUGUCCGUUAUGCGCAGGCGCUGCUCGUUAUAUUUUAUAUACCACCCCAUACCGAAAUAAAAUAUUCAUUUCAGCUAGCUCCUGCUGCGUUUUCUGCUCAAUUAAUAGUUUAUCAAACAACAAACAAUGUCUGCCUACUCAAGUGCUUCCACUACCCAGGCCACUGGAACAGGAGCAUCGGACUUGGACACAGAAUCGGUGGAGGUGCUGCGGGAGCGCCUGAGCACCAUGAAGCGUCUGAUGGCAGAACGCACGGCCCAGCAGCAGAACAAUCCUGCAUCCACAGAGGAAAUUUUCUCCACCAAGCGUCACCGAUCCGCGGGCAUUAUCGACGGAAACUUCCUCAGCAUCGCCUUUGGCGGUGCUCUGCUGGUGAUUAUCACGGUUUCAGUUUACGCCUUCUACAAUCUGUACCAUGCCAUACUCAAGAAGUUCCCCUCCCACCACGAGGAGCUGUAAGCUGCAAGGCUUUCCAUGUAUUACAAUUAUGCAUUUAAUAAUAAAAAUACGUAGUUUGAAUUGAAGU